AUGUUCGGCGACCGAAGAGGGAGCGUGGAUGGGACACGGCCUCCAAUGUCGCCCUCACCGACGAUGCAUCGCCACACCUCCUCAGACGCGGGCGACAUGAUGUCGAGACGUUCGAGCAUUGCGCCAAGCUUCUCGAGCGACCGGCCUUCUGUCGCCAGCUCGGUGACCUUCCAGAUGCCCACCACGGUACGACCGCCUCCUGCGUACAUCGCGGCCUCAGUCGCGUCACAGAUUGUUACGGACAACCACAACGCGCAACUGCGGCACAACGACUCCGAACAUGAAGAGCUGGAGAACGCCAUCUUCUCCGAACAAUCACUCUCGCUGCUCAAUGGCUUCCUUGACCACCUCUUAUUCGCAUUCCUGUCCACUGCGCGCUCGCCGUCCCUCAUCGCUAUCCGACCAGCCAUCUGCGAGGUGCUGAAGCCUCGCCUGGCUCGUGAAGCCGCCGAAGCCGCCGACGAAGAGCUCCAGGGACUGCUGUUUGGAGAGGACGACGAGGAGUUCUCCCCCACCGACGGCGGCAGGGCGAUCGAUCGCUGGGAUGUCGAGAAGGUGUGGAAGCGAACCCGCCUGCGCAUCAUGGUCUACACACGCUUGGGCGAGAUGGAAGACGAGGACGAGGAGAAAUACGUGCAGCAAGAGCGCGGCCUGAGCAUGGAUGACGAUGAAGACGAAGAGGCUGGUCUUGUCUCGUGGGCGUCAGCGAUCUUCCUCACGUCCGUUGUAGAAUAUGUCGCCGAGCAGACGCUGCUCGUUGCGGGACAAGCAGCAUACGCACGUAUGGCAUCCAGGUCCAAAAGGUCUCACAACGGAGAUGAGACGGACGAGGGCGCACUAGAGCGAUUAGUGAUUGAAGAGCCAGAUGUUGAGAAGAUUGCUCUGAACUCAGCACUCGGCCGUUUGUGGAGGACUUGGAGGAAACGCGUACGAUCUUCUCUUCAGCCGCUCUCUCCGAACCGCAGCAUUCGACCCAACUCGAGCUACGCUAGCCUCCACAGACGGGGCAGCAGAAGCAGCCAAGCCACUGCUGACGACCCAUACCGCGUUGAACCUACGCCUGUGUCCGAUCGCGUGCCAACCGAGACGGAUAUCGCAGCCAACAUACCUUUGCCGAUCACCGAGCGAGACAUUGACGAAAUCGAGGUUCCAGGACUCGCACGGACUUAUGAAGAUGCAGAGAGUAGCGGCAUGCAGACGCCGGUAUCACGGCCGCAGCGCCCGAGUAGUGUCAUCACGCUGGCUCCCGCUGAGGAGUUCCGACGAAGGCAGAAGAAGGAACGCCCUACAUCGAUGCCGGGUCCAGCAGCAUUACCCUUCGCUGUUCCCCCACGGACUCAGGUAGACGAUAAAGAAGACCAGAUCGAGACGCCGUUCGAAACCGCAAUGACGAGUAACUACAAUCGCACGUCCUACAUCGGCGACGAGAACAGAGUCGAGCCUCUGCUUCUGGCCCAUAAGGGUGAUGGCGAUGCGCACGACGAUAUGUUGGCUUCCGCUGUAGGUGCCGCGCCUCAGAGCGAGCGCAGUCUGGCGAAGUCUCAUGGCUCGGAGAAGAGCGAUGUAGAGCCUGAUACACCCAUGUCCGCGACUUCGGCCAACUCAGACACGUACGAUAUCGAGCCAAAGGUAUUGCAGUCGAAGAGGAUGUCGAUUGGAAGGAGUGGGCCACCAGGCAUCGUGCGCACUUUCUCCACACGCAGCAGCAGCCUCAAAUCGCCGCGGGAGACACCUACAGCGACACCAAGGGCAUCGACACAUGAUGAGGCAAGAUCCUACCUCGAUGACCAUUCCGACGAUGAUGAGCUGGAGGGCUCUCAAGCUAUCGGCGUGGCGAAGACGUCAGAUGUGCCUAUCCGAUCCUCGCCUACUCCGUCCGAGCGAGCCAAGGUCGUACCUGCACAGGGCAUGCAGCCUGCGCCUCGAUCCGUACCUUCACGCAACACACCAACACCUGACUCAAAGCCCACGGUACCCGAACGCUCUGGCGCUCGCAACGAUGUUCGCAAACGCGCUAGCCCUAGCAUUGGCAGCGGUACAGGUCCAGUUGCUGGCACCUCAAGUCCACCGCGCAGGCGGGAUGCAAGCCGAGAUGCAACUCCUCCAACCUCAGGUCGCACGUCGUUGCCUUCCCUGCAAGAGGUCGAGCACUACAGGCCUCAGCCAGCUGUUGCUAGCGAGCAGACAGUGCAAAGGGACAGUUCUACAUACAGUAACCGAAGCCGUACGCAGAGUCCUCAUGUAGCAAUGGCUGAGCGACAAGACUUUCGUCGUUCUACAGAUGAGUCACUGCGCUCCGCAUCUGCGGCGGGAGGUUCCAUCAAAGAAAGGCCAGUCAUCAAACGUGUUGGGUCAACCUCCUCAAAGAAGUCAGGCAGUAUCUCGCGCAUACCUAUCGCCCGUGACUCUGACGAUAGAUUGAAUCGCAGCCAAGGUGGACGUAUGUCUGAAGAAGACCGAGAGCGUCAGUUCGAAGAGCUCGUGCAGGGUAAAGAAACUGUGAAGUACACCUUGACACCUGAGAACAUGCGUGCUUUAGAUGAAUCUCCUGUUGUUCGCAAGGCAGAGCCUGAGCGUCUUAACACUGCUUCUGUCACAGUGUACCCUCGAGUCGACGCUGACAGAAGCAAUGCGUUUGGCAACAAUGCUGUACCUGCCAAACCUCCAAGCACCAGUAGCAAGGGCAGAGGCCCUGGCGUUUCUGGCCACAGGCCUUCACCUAGCAGGAAGGUGAUAACUCGGCCACUGGCGAGGGAGCCGCGCAUCGAGUCAGAGUCUAUGCGUGAUUUCGCUGAUUUUAUUCGCUCGACUGGCCCUUCCCCGGGUCAAGAGAAAGCCCCACAGCCCUUCCUCAACAUCAGUGGUAACGGACUGAGAUCACCGAAUGGCUCUUCCUCUUCCAUUGGAAGAAAGACGUCCACCAAACAAUCCGGCUCUCGUGCUGUGGACGGAUCAUCUGCGAGACCACGCGUUAACAUGGAGCCACGCAGCCCCGCUGGACUCAGUACUGGUAACGAUGAUCUGAUAGACUUCAUUCGCCAAGGACCCCCCAAUGGCCCUGAAGGACAGCCCAGAAUCCCAAGAUCAGUUGCGCCUUUCCGCACAACGGUUGACUCAGAUCAGUUCGACACGAUGUUAGGAGACCACGGUAAUGUUGAGUCAGCGUACGGUUCCAAGACUUCCACGCUCGACUCGCAGCAUUCGCUCCAAACAAACAACUCCAGGACUGGUCUCAUUCCUGCACCAAGCGUUGUGCAACCUGCAUACUCAAACACCCCACAAAACCUGUCCGGCAGCAUGACUUCGAGCUCGGAGCCUGUCAUUACCCGUACUCGCAGGCGCAUCAAAGAUCCUUACGCAAUAGAUCUCUCAGAUGAGGAAGAUGACGAGGAUGAUGACCAGCUGACCGCACUACCUCCUUCGAACAAGCCACCCGCGGCGAGACAAGAGAGCCUCAUGGACUUUCUUAACGAGUCUGAGCCACCAUCUGGGCCGUCCGUAGCGACGCGCAGCAACGGUGCUGCGCUACCCAUGGGUUUCCCGACCUCGAGCGGCGAACACACUGUAAAAGCCCAUAAGCCUAAGGUUGCCAUCCGUGCACCUGCCGUGGGCGAUAUGCGCUCCAAUCGUACGGCAACCAGCGAUCUUGCUGAUUUCCUGCGCAACUCUGGACCGUCCGAGCCUGUAGGAACACCACCUGGUGCGCGAAAAGAUGAGGAGAAGAAGAAGAGUAGUAACAUGAAGUUCUGGAGGAAGAACAGGGAGAAGACUUACGUGAAGGUUUGGGAACUUGGAACCACGAUGGACCCAACAAUGCCGUAUCAUUUUGAGACAUCGCCCGAAAUUAUCCAUAGCUUGUUAUUUAAGAUGAGCAAACACAACAUCGAGUACUCAACGGACCCGGCAAUACGCGACUCAAAAGCCAACACACCGCACUCGCCCGUCCCAGCCCACGAAACUCCAGUCACCGUAUUCUUCCCCAAAACUACUCAAGAUAUUGCCACCAUAUUAAAAGAAUGCAAUGAGCGCCGCAUAGCCGUGACCUCAUUCUCGGGCGGCACCAGCUUCGGCGGCGCCCUAACAUCAACGCGAGGUGGAAUAUGCAUCAGCUUCGAGCACAUGAACUCCAUCACCACGCUGCACGAGGAUGAUCUCGAUGUCGUUGUGCAGCCUGGACUGGGCUGGGUAGAGCUGAACGAGCAGUUGAAGAGCAAGGGUCUUUUCUUUCCCGUGGAUCCGGCUCCGGGCGCGAGCAUAGGCGGUAUGAUUGCCAUGAGCUGCUCGGGCACGAAUGCGUAUCGAUAUGGAACAAUGAAGGAGUGGGUUAUCUCGCUCACUGCUGUGCUGGCUGAUGGUACGAUUGUGAAGACGCAUCGCAGGCCCAGAAAGAGCGCCGCCGGGUAUGAUCUUACGCAUCUGGUCAUUGGAUCCGAAGGUACACUUGCGUUAGUCACGGAAGCGACGCUUAAGCUUGCAGUGUUGCCGCAAAACUUGCAUGUUGGGCUGGUCACAUUCGAUACGUUUCAGCAGGGUGUGGACAUUAUUGUUGCGCUGCAAAGAGCUGGGCAUCAACUGGAGGCGCUCGAGUUGGCGGACGGACCGCAGGUGCAGUGCAUCAACCACUCGAAACUUGCUCGUGUUGAGAUGGCGGUCAAACCAACACUUUGGCUCAAGUUUGCCGGGUCAUCACUACAGCUCGUCAAAGACCAGAUCGAGACCGUCAGGACGCUAUGCAAAGAGCAGAAGGCGCUAACAUACGAAAUCACAUCCGACAAGGUACGCAUCGACGUUCUCUGGGACGCACGGAAGUGCAUCGGUCGUGCGCUUGUCAUGAUGAAAAAGGAUCCCACGGACCUCUUCAUGCACUCCGAUUGUGCGGUCCCAAUCUCGAAUCUUGCUGCGCUCGUUGAGGGGACACAGAAGCUCAUCCAAGAAGCAAACAAAGCCAAUCAAGCAUCGUCGUCAGAACCUAAGCAGCCCUGGUUCUGCGCCAACGUUGGGCAUAUUGGCGAUGGGAACGUGCAUUCGUCGAUCAUUUGUCCUGCGGCUGAUAAGCCGAGGGUAGACGAGGUACUGAGAAGGGUAGCUAGACUUGCAUUGAGUUUGGAGGGCACAAUAACAGGCGAGCAUGGCGUAGGAUUGAAGCAGAGGGGCGCACUGGUUGACGAGGUUGGACUUGAGGGCAUCAACGUCAUGAGAAGAAUGAAGGCAUCACUUGAUCCGAGGGGGAUAUUAAAUCCGGACAAGGUGUUCGCUCUGGAAGAUGAGGUAGGCUCGCUUCAAAUAUCAAAGCUCUAA